AUGAAAAGGCAAUUACGAAAAGAUAUUUUCCCAAAAGGAGUUUAUCCAGGACUCAAAAGCAAAAUAAAGCGCCCUACACCUAAACUUAUUACCAAGAUUAGCCCACCUUUAGACUCUUCAGAAAUUUUUAGAGAUAUUGAUAAAGAAUUGAGUGAGAUGACCCUCUCUAUUGAUUCUGAUGAAAAAUCACAAUGGGAAUCAGACCCCAAAAAUAAAAUAUUUGGACUAAUAAAUAACUUUGAGCCGAAAGCAGUCAUUGACCCACCAAAAAUCACAGCGACUUCUACAAAUGCAUCAUUUAAUCGCUCUUAUUCAUCCAAUAAUUUAAAUGAUAGUAAAGAGCAUGGGAGGUACAAAAAAUUAGAAAUUAAAUAUAAAGCAUUACAGCAUAGUCAUAAUAUUGCUGUAAAACAGUAUGAAAGGGAAAUUGAAUAUAGUUCAUGCACCUGUAUAGAUGGUCAUCAUUGAAAAUCAAAUUGGUAGAAUGGAUUCGUUAUUUUUAAGCCUGUUUUACACUUGUCAACCAUUUUUCAUAUAUCACUUUUGCCCCAAAAUUGGGCCAUUUUUGUUAUAAUCACCACUUUUCAUAAAAAGCAAGGGAAGAGCCAUUUAAUUGUAAAUAAUAUAAGACAAGAUAAGAUAAUUUGAAAUUCUAGAAUUUUUUUUUUUAAAUCUGAGUUUUAUCUAAAUGAUGAGAGUUCUUAAUUAAGAUGAGAAGGCAUCAAGCCCAUUAUAGCGAUUAAAUUUUUAAUGAUGACUAUAAAUAAGGGUGGAUCAGCUAUAUCUGAAAAAUGAGUUGAAUUAUUCCAAAGAAAAGACUCCAUACUUCAAAUUCUCAGAAAAUCAAUCAGAUACUAGAGAAAUUUUAAUGAAAUUGCUAGAAGAGAUUGGCAAUCUCCAAGAAAAAGUGCAGAAUCUUGAAACUACUGUGAUUAAACUGAAAGAAACAUAG